AUGUCUUCCUCAUCCGACUACCUCCACCCCCUAGACCACCCUGAUGCACCGGACACCUCGGACUCGGAUGACGACUUGGAUCUGGAAGAACUUGACCCGCGCACAACAUCACCCCAACAGCCUCGUGGGUCACACGAUUAUACUGGCCGCAAUAAAGGUUAUGGGCCGGGCAUCGCGCUGCGGAACCUGCGCGUCGGGGCGGGAAGUCGAUGGCGACGCAGUGCGUCUGGUCGUGCAGACUUGGAGGAGGAUACCGAUGCGCUGUUAGAGAACGGGGGUCGACAAGGCUUGCGCGGCUCACAUGCGAGCUCUGGGGACUUGGAAGACGAUGAUGUACCGCUCCUGGAUCGCAGAAGCUCGACUCGCCACUUCAAAGAUGACACCUUCAAAAGAGGCAGCCGCUUUCGCUUCCCGGUGUUGAAAAUUCCCGCUUUCUUACAGGGCAGUUCCAUUCGACUCGGAUCAAAUGAUAUCGACCAUACGAGUCAACCUCCCCGUGAAGUCCUUGUCGGGCAGUACCAGACGACUAAGUAUCCGGCCAAUGUGGUCUCGAACGCAAAAUACACACCUUGGAGUUUCCUACCAAGAACUCUCUAUAACGAAUUCUCCUUCUUCUUCAACAUUUAUUUCUUGCUUGUGGCUCUGUCACAGGUCAUUCCGGUGUUGCGAAUUGGUUACAUGUCGUCUUACAUUGCGCCCUUGGCCUUUGUGGUUUCAAUAUCGCUGGGCAAAGAGGCACUCGAUGACAUUGGUCGGCGGCGGCGAGAUGCUGAAGCCAAUGCGGAGGAAUUCUGCGUCGUCGCACUAGGAAGAUCUAAUGCGAUGGAAGUUACAAAAAAGUCACGGGACUUGAAGGUUGGCGAUGUGCUCAGAGUCCGCAAGAACCAACGUCUGCCAGCCGACGUGGUGAUUCUGAAGAGCAUAUCAAAUGACUCCACCUCGCCUCGUCAUUCAGUGGCGGAAGAUAAUGCUCCAGAGGCAUCUUCCGACUUGCUUGAAUCAGGCCAGGGAUCAUCCGAAUCUGCAACCAACGCCGCAUCUGAGGCUGUUGAUGCUGCUGGACCUUCGCCUGCAGGUGAUACGUUCAUUCGAACCGACCAAUUGGACGGUGAAACUGACUGGAAGCUCCGCCUGCCCUCUGUGUUAUCUCAAUCGCUGUCCUUGAACGACUUUGGCCGCCUACAGAUCACUGCUAGUGCUCCCGACAAGAGAGUGAAUGAGUUUGUGGGGACCAUUGGUCUGGGACCUCCCACCGGGUUCUAUGAUGCUCACGUUGAUAAAACCUCGGGGUCUCUGAACAAUGCAGAAACGCCUGUAUCUGGGGAAACUCAAUCCGCUCCCCUGACCAUCGACAACACCGCCUGGGCCAAUACUGUUCUUGCUUCUAAUACCAUCACCUACGCUGUCAUCAUCUACACAGGAUCCCAAACUCGGGCUGCACUUUCGACUUCCGCUUCCCGCUCGAAGGUUGGCCUGUUGGAAUGCGAAAUCAACAACCUUACCAAAAUUCUCUGUGCCCUCACGCUUACCCUUUCCAUCGUUCUUGUCGGAUUGGAAGGAUUUGAGCCGACAAAUGACAAGAAAUGGUAUGUCGCUAUCAUGAUCUAUCUCAUUCUCUUUUCCACAAUUAUUCCCAUGAGUCUUCGAGUCAAUCUGGACAUGGCCAAGUCGGUAUACGGGCGAUUCAUCGAACGGGACAAAGACAUUCCAGGGACGGUUGUGCGCACCAGCACAAUUCCAGAAGAUCUGGGACGGAUCGAGUAUCUGCUCUCAGAUAAGACCGGAACCUUGACUCAGAACGAGAUGGAGCUCAAAAAGAUACACGUUGGUACCGUGUCAUACGCCAAUGAGGCAAUGGAAGAGGUCGCCUCAUUCAUUCGUCAAGCGUUUGCGUCCGCGGGCGAUACCUUACUCACCCCUUCGACUGCCUUUGGGACUCAAGCAGGCCAUGCUACUGCUCCGCGGACAAGAAGAGAGAUCGGUUCCCGCGUCCGGGACAUUAUCUUAGCGCUUGCUCUCUGCCACAAUGUCACACCAACCACCGAGGAAGAAGAUGGUCAGAAGGUGACGAGCUAUCAAGCUUCGUCGCCCGAUGAAAUCGCUAUCAUUCGGUAUACCGAAGAGGUCGGAUUAAAGCUAGCGUAUCGCGACAGACAAACCAUCGCCCUGGAAUCCACCGACUCCAAGCAGGUUGUGGUCCGCGUCCGCAUCCUUGACAUUUUUCCCUUUACGUCUGAAACGAAACGGAUGGGUAUCAUCGUCCAGUUCCAGCACGAUGAGAAUACCCUUGAUCUUGACAAAGACGAUAGCGAAAUUUGGUUCUACCAAAAGGGCGCAGACACCGUCAUGACAUCCAUUGUGGCGGCGAAUGACUGGCUGGAUGAGGAAACUACGAAUAUGGCCCGAGAAGGAUUGCGAACUCUCGUUGUCGGGCGCAAACGGAUCUCCGCGCAACAAUACCGGGCCUUCUCUGCCAAGUAUAAAGAGGCAUCCCUGUCUUUCCAGGGGCGAGAUGCAGGAAUGGCUAAGGUUGUGAGCCAGUAUCUGGAGCAAGAUCUAGAUCUUUGUGGGGUGACUGGCGUUGAGGAUCGGCUACAGCGCGACGUCAAACCGUCCCUUGAGCUUUUACGCAAUGCCGGUGUCAAGAUUUGGAUGUUGACUGGUGAUAAGGUGGAGACAGCGCGAUGUGUCGCUAUCUCUGCCAAAUUGGUUUUCCGGGGCCAGUACAUUCACACUGUCACCAAAGUCACAGACAAGUCGACUGCCCAAGAGGCCCUGGACUUUUUGCGCAACAAAACCGACUGCUGUCUGUUGAUCGAUGGCGAAUCUUUGAACAUGAUGCUCGGGCAAUUUAAAACAGCUUUCAUCUCUGUCGCGGUCCUACUGCCCGCCGUGAUUGCAUGCCGAUGCUCCCCAACCCAAAAAGCCGAGAUCGCCGACCUGAUUCGCCAACACACAAAGAAACGUGUCUGUUGCAUCGGAGACGGUGGCAAUGAUGUCUCGAUGAUCCAGGCAGCCGACGUCGGCAUUGGUAUCGUGGGCAAAGAAGGCCGCCAGGCAUCUCUCGCCGCCGAUUUCAGCAUCACUCAGUUCCAUCAUAUCACCAAGCUACUAGUUUGGCAUGGCCGCAACUCGUACAAGCGGUCUGCCAAACUGGCUCAAUUUAUCAUGCAUCGUGGCCUGAUCAUCAGUGUUUGCCAAACCAUGUACAGCAUUGCCAGCCAUUUCGAUCCCAAGGGCUUGUUCAUCAACUGGCUCAUGGUUGGCUACGCCACUGUCUACACGAACGCACCGGUAUUCUCGCUCGCCUUUGACCGAGACGUCGAUGAGCAUCUCGCCAAUCUUUACCCCGAGCUUUACAAAGAGUUGAAAGCAGGGAAGAGUUUGAGCUACCGCUCAUUCUUCGGCUGGAUUUUCAUCUCUGUCUACCAGGGUGCAGUGAUCCAAGGCCUCUCCCAGAUAUUGUUGGAUACCAUCACAGGGCCACGUCUGAUCAGUCUUUCUUUCACUGCCCUUGUUCUCAAUGAACUUGGCAUGGUCGCUACCGCGGUCACAACCUGGCACCCGGUCAUGAUCUUUUGUCUGAUUGGCACCCUGCUUGUAUACGCAGGUAGUGUUCCCUUCCUAGGCGAGUACUUCGACCUCAGUUACGUCAUCACUCUCGACUGGCUGUGGCGUGUGUUCGCUGUGUUAGCUGUGUCUCUGGUUCCUGUCUGGGCGGGUAAGAUGAUCAAACAAUCGUGGCACCCACCAAGCUAUCGGAAGGUCCGUGGAUAG